AUGGUCAAUGGUAAAAAGAAAUCAGCUGCAUUGAGCCAGACAGCACAGCAUACACCUACGAAAGCUCAUGUUCGUCCUCAGCCAAGUCCCGAAAUCAUACCAACACCAACAAGACAACAGCCCAGUCUUGAAACUACACCACCACCCAAAGUACCAAAACCAACAAGAGCUGAGUUCCAAGCUGCUUACCGCCUCAUGGGUUUCAGUAAAAAGUCUCUGGAUUUCAUGAAUGAUCGUACACGGGACACGCCAAGUGACAAUGAAAACACGCGAGUAAUUUCAGUCAGCAAUGAUUCCGAUUCCGAAUUGUCCUCUGCGACUCGUGGAUUUGAACCCACCCAGGUUCAGCUAGGGAGAAGAAAAUAUCUGCUCGAUACUGCAGGAAUAGAGGAUGAAGAUAGUGAGACAGAAGAUGAAGGAGAGGAGGAAAUAGAAGAACAAGAAAGUGACGACAAUGAACUACUCUCUGGAAGGACAACGAUCACAGCAUCCCCUCUGAAGAUUAGGAUUAGCAGAAAGGACAAGACUGAAGUCGUUGAGAAACAAACAUUCAUAUUCUCGGUUCCAGUUGAUGAUGCAAAUGAAGAGUUCACCACGCCCAUUUCAUGGGCUGAUUUCGAGUAUGCCGUUGCCAACACACUGGGCAUUGCCCCCAGACAGGUCCGGGUUGCCUAUCGUUUCAGUACUACACCCCAAAGUGACUGCUUGUUCAAUCAUGUUCGGAAUGAAGCUCAACUUCGAGAACUUAUCAAAGAUGCCAAGGUUGCUCAGAAGGCCUAUGCAAAAAGCAGAGUCAAGACUAAGAAGAAAUUCAUUGUGGUGCUGAAGCGUACAGGUGAACAGUCAGAGAAGCCUGGAAAGGAUAAGGAUGGAAAAGGCAAAGUAAAGACAUUGAAAAAGCGCAAACGUUCCGAUAGUUCUGAAGAGGAGGAAGAAGAAGGGAUGAAGACAAAGGUCUUGAGCCAGGUGCAAUGGAUAGCCAAGAUUAGCGAAGAUAAUCAUUGUCCAGAUCACAACCGCAUUUGCCUCAAAAGUAUCACAUCUCACCCACAGCUAAAGUCUGCUGACAUCGCGACAUGGGCUCUGAUGAAUGUUGCUGGAUGGACAUCGACAACCACCCCCCCACCAAAGUUGAAACUUGAUUUUGCCAGCAAAAGGAAACCCGCAGCUCCAGCUCCAACUACAGCUUCCAUACCACCUGGGUAUCCCUACCACUCACUGAUGCACUAUGGAUAUGCAGCAUAUGGUGCACCUGGAUUUAUGCAGCCCCCAGCAUCGCCAUUCAAACACCGUAGUCAUUUAGGGCGUGACGAGAUGCCAAGCUCCGAUCCCAUAGAGUCGACGGAGGAUGUAACUCUCUUUCCCCGGUUAGAGCAAUGGCUAGCUGAUCUGGACAAUAGCCCUCAUGGUCUCGAUAACCAUGACUUUGCAUCAUUUUCACCUGAUUUCCUUCGAGAAAAGUAUAUGCGUAUCUCUGACCUUGAUGGACUUACCCUGAAUGAGCUUCUGGAAAUAUGUGGAGGUAUGGCAAGAGGCACAGCAAAGAAGGUUGUCAAGUGUGCAGCGAGAGAAUGUAAGGUCAUUAGGAAAAAGGAAAAGCAACGUCUCCGGGAGAUGGAAAAAAUGCCUCGGCAUUAUUACUGA